UGAACAUGUUGUUUUUGCGGUAUCCCACACCCAGCUAGGCCGCUUGGCUCUCUGCAGUCUUGACACAGUGACACUUUUGCGGAGGCGAGCUGUGAGGAGGCCGGCUCCACGGUGCUCUUUGCUCGGAGUCACCAUGGCCCUGUCCCUAGCCCUCACCAACUUCAUCCUCUUCUUCGUCGGGGCCCUGCUCCUCUAUCAGUACAGCAACACUUUUCGAUAUUACUUUCGGGUUUGUUUUUUAAUUGGCUGGAUGUUGGGCAUGUCCGUCCUCGUGCUUCCUGUGGUGGCUCUCCGGGGAAGAAAUGUGGCAAAUAUGAGAGUCCUUCGCUUCGUAAUGUUGCCUUUGAAAUACAUCCUUGGCAUUAAGAUCAGCGUGCAGGGCGCUACGAACUUAAACCUGGAAGGGCCAUACAUCAUGGUCGCCAAUCAUCAGAGCAACGUGGACUAUCUUGGGAUGAUUCAGGUUUUGCCACAGCGAUCUACCCUCAUUGUCACGAAAGAGAUCUUCUACAUGCUGACCGUGGCAGUGGUCUGCUGGCUGAGUGGCUUCAUUAUCACUGACAACAAGAAGGCAGCAGACAGCACCAGCAUCAUGGCAGUGGUAGCAGAGACCAUGGUCCAGGACAAUCUGCGGAUCUGGGUGUUUCCCGAAGGCACCAAAAACUACUACACCACCAUGCUGCCAUUUCAACAUGGAGCCUUCCAUCUGGCUGUGAAAGCCCAGGUCCCAGUCAUUCCUGUGGUGAUGUCCUCAUACCGACCUUUCUUCAACAAGAAGAUCCAAAGAUUUAUUCCAGGUAAGCGUAAGAGAGGAUUGGAAUGGGAAUGA